AUGAAUGUCACUAACAAGCUCCAAAAACGCCCCUUAUCCCUAUCCAGCUUUCAACCAAAUUAUGAAGCUCAUCAACCUGUAGAACUUACUCAAUAUAUUAAUCCCGAAUCUGAAAAGGCACAUCACGUUCUUCUGGCGCAUCAUCAACGUGAAUGGCGUAAUAGCAGACGUUAUAUAGAAAGUUACAAAACGGUUAUGUGCCAAAAUUGGUUGGAGAGGGCACAAUGCAGUUUUGGAAAAAAUUGCCGUUUUGCUCAUGGCUUUGAUGACUUAAGGACACCGACGUUGCUUCCUCUUCCCAUCAACGAGAAGUACAAAACUCGUCUUUGUGAAAAAUAUACGAGUCGUGGAAUUUGCCCUUACGGUAGUCGCUGUUUAUUUAUUCAUCCUGACAACGUCCAAAAUAAUUUGCAAACAAAUUGUAUUCAAAGCAAUUACCUCAACACGACUAAUCAUUUUGCUAGUUCAAUGCCUUCCUGUCUAAUUAAGAAGAAAAGCCAGAAUCUUUUUCCUCAGGUUUUCUUUUAGAUAAUUAGCUUAUUAAGAUUGUUUAACUUAACUUUUGGUUAUAUUUUUGAAAUGAGAAGGGUAAAAUUCGCGAAUUAUCGCAUCAGAAAAAUUGGGGUUGGAUUUCCCAUUACAUAACAGCCAAAAACCGUUUAAUUUAAUUGAGGUCGAUUUCUCAAAACAGAUCAAUCAACAGAAUCGGAAGACUAUGUCUUUGUAUUUCUUAAUUUCGACGGUACAUAUUUUUCCCUUUUUCACCUUGU